AUGACCUCACGCACGUCUGGGCCCACGACUUCACGCACGUCUGGGCCCACGUCUGCGCACACGAUUUCACGCACGUCUGGGCCCACGACUUCGCGCACGUCUGCGCACAUGACCUCGCCCACGUCUGCGCCCACGACUUCACGCACGUCUGCGGCGAUGACCUCACGCACGUCUGCGCCCACGACUUCGCCCACGUCUGCGCCCGUGAUUUCACGCACGUCUGCGCCCGUGACCUCACGCACGUCUGCGGCCUUGACUUCACGCACGUCUGCGCCCGUGACCUCCCGCACGUCCGCGGCCGUGACCUCCCGCACGUCCGUGCCCGUGACCUCACGCACGUCCGCGCACACGUAUGCGCGCACGUCCUCGUCCACAACCACGUCCGUGCCCGCUCCCGCUGAGGCCGACGCUCCCGCAUCCAGAGGACUAGCUCAGUUCGGGACGAACUGGAGCAGACUAGCUCUGGCCACUCUUGCCGUCUGUGGCAUGCUAGCCAUUUCUGUCUUAGUUUUGCAGAUCGAAGGCUCCAAGCUCCUUCGAAACACACAGGGCAAAGUUGCGGAGAGAGAUGCCAUGGUAAACCGCACACACAAACUGCAGGACGAAAUGACAGGGCAAGAUGCCGCCAGCAAGUGUUCGAAGUACGAGGAAUUGUUCCUGCACUGGCUCUCCGCCUUCUGCAAAGUCGCAAACUGCACCAGCGAACUGUGCCACAAAUCUUGGGUCCCGUUCGAAGGACAUUGUUACUACUUCUCGAAGGAGCUGCUGGACUGGGACAAGAGCCGGCAGGAAUGUAUCGACCAGGGCUCUGAGCUACUGGUGGUUCGAAACAAGAAGGAGCAGAAGUUUGCGGGCAGCCAUGACCCACAGUCCGUGUUCUGGAUCGGGCUGCGGGAACUUCCCCACCUCCUGUCCUGGCGCUGGAUCGACGGGUCCCCGCUCCUGGACGAUGUCACAUUCUGGGACAAGGGUUACCCAGACAGCUACUUUGACUAUGAGAUGGAGGAUUUCAAGUUCUGUGUGGGCAUGCGGAACAACGCCUGGGUCAACAUGGUCUGUGCAGCCACCCAGCGGAGAAUCUGUAAACGCCGAACCGAGAAACUGCCCGUCAACCUGUAGGGGCAAAUGCCCACUCACCAUGCCCUCUCCCUCUCUCCC